GCAGAUCUACUUGAGCUCGGUGCAAUUUCAUUUGAUAGCCAGAUAUUUUUGUUUCACACAUUAAACACGUAUUAUUCGUUCCCAAUAAGAAUAUUAUUAUUAAUUUAGGUUUUGAAUAUUUCGAUUAAAUUGAAUACAGUUCCAUUUGGAAUAACGUGUAUGCAUAUACCAUAUUCUUUUGAUUAUGUAGUUCGCCAGAACUACUCGGUAUAUGCAUUCGCGAAAAUACAAAUAAUCACAAAAGAGAACUGUAGUUUAAAUUAAAAGAAAAUCCAUUCCGUAACAAGUAUAUGGGUCUUUAUAAAGCAAGAAGUAUUCUAUAAAUUACGAAUUUCGCGCAUACUAUGGACAAUAAUGUAGACGGUGCAAGACAAAACGGUAGCAACAAAAGCAAUACCAACACGGCCAGUGCAGUCCCAGUGGCAAAUACCAAUAACAUCGCUGCACCGACAACAACAUUGCCUAUCAAAAACACAAAUAACAGUAGCAGCAUUAAUAACGUCAGCAGUAGUAGUGGGAACUCUUCAUUUUGGAAAAAUAGCGGGAGAUUGGUGCCAGGACGUCCAAGUCCUAAGCGAGUUGACGCCACUAAUUUUAGUGGCAAGGGUGACGGUAUGGUGUCUACUUUUCGUGACUAUCAGCAGUCUGUUAGCGAUGCUUGGGACAUGGGUGAUGACGAAUUUUGUAUCAUAUCGGGUACAGCAUCAGGUGGACAGCUAAGAAAUGAAUCGCGUAUAUCAAAAAAAGUUUCAGACACAGCAGCUUUAAAUGUGAUUGAAACGCAUCGGAAUUCAGCAAAUACUUGUAACCCACAUACAACGGCAGCAGCAACAGAAACGAUCACGACAAUAGGGGAAGCAGCUACAAUCAAUAACACAACAACUAGAGUGCCAACUGCAGAGGAACAACAAUGCCUCAAAUUGCAAUCAUCAGUCAGUAAAAGAAGCGAAGAAACGGAGUCAUCAAAUGAUUCAAAGAGCGAAGCGGAAGCAAGAAUUAAAGUUGUACGUAAUUUCCACGCAUACCCUGGGCGGCCACAGCUGCAAAAGUUCAGUUCGAAUUCCCAAGAAACCGAAUAUGAGACUAAAAUUGAAAAAUUUCAUGUUUUGUUGGAAUCGCCACUCUUGGAUUUAGUGGCAUUAAAAAAAAUAAGUUGGUCAGGUGUACCAAAAAAGAUGCGCGCGGUGAGUUGGCGGCUACUUUCCAAGUAUUUACCACCAGCGAAUGAACGUCGAAAUGCCGUGCUCGAAAGCAAACGACAAGGAUAUCAGGAUUUGCGACAUAAUUAUUUUCGAGUUGACAGUCAGGAUGAAUCACAGCAAGACACCUAUAGACAGAUACAUAUCGAUGUGCCACGUAUGAAUCCGCAAAUAUCACUCUUUCAACAAAAGCUCGUACAGGAAAUGUUUGAACGUAUUUUAUUUAUUUGGGCGAUACGUCAUCCAGCUUCGGGUUAUGUGCAAGGCAUAAAUGAUUUGGUGACACCAUUUUUCAUUGUCUUUAUGCAAGAAGUACUCGAACCAGGCACGGAUUUAGAAAAAUUCGAUAUUAGCACUUUACCUGUAGAUAAGCGAGACGCCAUUGAAGCGGACUCCUUUUGGUGUCUCUCCAAAUUUCUCGACUGCAUACAAGAUAAUUACAUUUUUGCGCAAUUAGGUAUUCAAGAAAAAGUUAAUCAACUAAAAGAUCUUAUACAGCGGAUUGAUGGGAAUCUUCAUCGUCACCUGCAAGCGCAUGGCGUGGAUUAUUUGCAAUUUUCUUUUCGUUGGAUGAAUAAUUUACUAACACGGGAACUACCGCUACAUUGCACUAUACGCUUGUGGGACACAUACCUCGCCGAGUCUGAUGGAUUCGCACUCUUCCAUUUAUAUGUGUGUGCAGCAUUUCUAUUGCAUUGGAAAGACAGAUUAAUGCAACAAAAUGAUUUUCAGGGUCUCUUGCUUCUGCUACAAAAUCUGCCAACGGAAAACUGGUCUGAUCGUCAAAUAAAUGUACUGGUUGCGGAGGCGUUUCGUCUAAAAUUCACUUAUGCUGAUGCGCCCAAGCAUUUGGAGACGAAAAGUUGACACCAGCAACAACAGAAAGCAUAUAUCUAUGAGUACGUGGCAUAAUUUCGUUUAAAUAAAGACAUGCGUUAGUUAUGAAGGCGUUCAAAUGCUUAAUUAUUCUCAAAACAGACAGUUAACUGCAUAAUUAAUUAAUCCAAACGCAUUCAAACAUCCAGCAUAAAUAUACGAUUA